CCACCUGGCUAGGCCCUGAGCCCAUGGAGCUGAGACCCGACGCCAGCCAGAAGGAGAAUGUGUCCCCCCGGCCUGCGACCCCCCUGAGGCCAGAGCAACGGAGACUCCCAAAGAGCCUGGGUGUCGUCCUGGAUAGUGGACAUGGCCCGUGGGUGCCCAGGGGCCAGGCCGAGAGAGGAGAGCCGGCCACCACUCCCUCGCCAAGGGCAGCCCUUCGCCAGGAGCCCGGCCAAGUCCAGACCAACCUGGCCAGCCCUAGGCCCCGCCUGGGCCUUGCCCUGAAGGACACGACCGGCCGGCUGAUCAACUCAAGAUUCCAGCAGCAGAGCAACCUACAGCCCCUGGGAGUCCUCCCGCUGCGGGGGGCGCGAGCGUUCACCGUCCAGCAGAGUAACCUGAGCGCACGCGAGGCCAGCCUGGCCGGGUGUGGAAGCCGCAGCAGCCCCCACCCCUGGUUGGAGCCUCAGGAAGGCUUCUGGCCUCACGGGGUGCCCCGGGGAAGCACCCAAACCCCAGGGCCACAGGCUCAACCAUCCCCCACCCUGAAGCCGUCCUGGCUUCUGGCCACAGACACACCCUGCUCACGCUCCAGGCCCACCCUGCGCUAUGCCCCCACUGAUGGGCACACACAGCCAGGCCCCAGAUCCUGGGGUGGCCUGGGGGACUGGCCCUCCAGGCUCAUGGGGGAACCCCUCACCCUGGACGACCUGGCUGUCCCCUUCAAGAGCCCAGCUCGGGCCCCACCUCAGGCUGCCACCUCCCGGCUGCUGGCCUCUGGGCAGCACCUGGAGCAGGAGGCAGCCCCCCUCAGGUGCUGGGGGGCCCAGGAACCCCCAGUCCCUUCAACGCAGGAGCCCUGGACCAGCGGUGGCCAGGCCCUCCCUGCUGGCCCCCCGUGCACCGAGCCUGUUCUCACGUUCUGUGGUCAGAGAAAGAAACACCCCCGAGGUCUCAGGGGAGCCCUGAGUCUCCCAGAGACACCGGAGGUCCAGGCCAGCAGCAAGCCCGCGUCUCCACCGCAGACCGCUUUGGAGGUGCUGCCUGGGGGCUUCCCUGACCCCGUGCAGGGGGUCCUUCCUGCCUACCCCCUGAGCCGGCAGCUGCUGUCCAGAUGUUUCAGGGCGUGGCAGCACCUGGUGCGGAGGCGGCAGGCAGCGGCCCUGGGCCUCGGGCGGCUGCGGCACAGGGCACUGAGGCUCCGCGAGGCCCACCUGGAGGUGGCGUACUGUCAACAGAGGAGGGCCCUUCUGGCCCAGAGCUUCCAAAAGUGGAGGAACCUGGCUCAGCAGCAGAUACAAGGGCAGCCCCACUUCCAGGCUGGCCCAGGACCCCCACCCUCUGGGGGAGGCCAGCCCCCAGGUCCCUCAGGAAGGAAGCCAGGGGUGGACCCCGCCCAGAGAAGCAGCCCAGGGAGCCUGAGGGAGGAGGCAGGAGCCCGGCCAAUUCCAUCACGUUCUGGGCCGAGACCAGAUGGAGGAGACGGGAGGGUCCAGAUCCUGCAGGCCCUGCAACGGAUGGCUGUCUUCCUCCUGCGGUGCCAGCAGGAGGAAUGGGCCAGGCAGGAGAAGGGGGUCCAGGGAGAGGCCUCCGGAGCCACGCUGAGGACUCAGAGCAUGGGGAGGCCCCCCCAGGCCUGGGGCCCUCCUGCCGCAGAUACAGCCUGGGUGCCCCCCCUGGCCCCCCAGCAUCAGAGAGCCUGGCUCCGCAGGUGCUUCGGGGCCUGGCGGCGGUCGGUGAAAAGAGGGGCCCAGCCCCGGGAGCACCUGGCUGACCGCCAGAUGGGAACCCCGAGGAUGUGCCUGAAACAGUGGGUGUGGAUGAAGCAGCUCCGGGCAUCGGAUGGGGCGAAGGUGACCCAGCUGUCCCUCUGCCGGCAGAAGGUGGGGAACAUGGACCUGGGCAGCUCAGCCCCUGGUGGGACCAUAUCCCAGGGCUCCCCAAGACGGGACCUCCACGGGGUGCUGCUGCUCUGGAGGGCGAGGCUCUCCCAGCGCCAGCGGGCUGACUCCUUCUCCCAGGGCCUGCAGCGGCAGCUGCUAAGGCACAUCCUGAGGGCGUGGCGCUUGAGGGUGUGGGGACCAGGCAACCCGUCAGGCAGUUCCAGGACCACCUCGGCCUCAGAACUGCUGGGCAGCGCAGCCCCAAGCCCACCGGAGAAGGCGUCCAGGGCCCCCGCCCUCCUGGAGACGCUUCGGCUGAGCUUUCUGUGGGCCGCUGGGCGGCAGCAGCAGGCGCGGUGCCUCCUGCUCUGGCAGGCGCGGGCUCAGCAGUCCCGGGGUGCAGCGAGGUGGCACCAGCACACCCUUCAGAGGCGCAUCCUCCUCGGCUGGAGCCACUGGUCAAUGGCCCAAGGGACCCAGAGGAAGCUGGCUGCCCGCUGGGCCUGGGACCGGAGCUGCAGGGACGCGCUGGGCCUGUGGCGGCGGCGGCUGGCGCAGUGGCAGGAGGCAGAGCAGUGGGCCCAGGAGCGGGGCCGGAGACGGGUGCGAGACGCCCUGCAGCGCUGGCACUCCUCCUGGCAGAGGCAGCAGUGCCUGCGUGACCGGUACCAGGGGUGGGCGCAGCUGCGCCAGCAGGGCCUGCGCAGGGCCACGUUCCAGAGCUGGCGGCAGGCGGCAGCUCAUCAGAGACACAGGAUGGCCAGGCCAGAGCGGCUCGCACUGCAGAGCCAUUUCCAGGCCUGGUGUGGGCCUGCGAGAGACGCGGGGACGCUCGGGGCCCGGUGUCGAGCCGGCCAGGCUGGCCUGAGAAGACGGGCACUGGGAGCCGCGUUGGCCGCGGGGCAGGAAGCCCGCGUGGCCGCAGCCCGGGCGCGGGAGCAUCACGUGGCCCGGGCCUCCAUUGCUCUCUGGAGAAGCCACGUGCAGGGGGGCCGGGCAGACAGGCAGCUGCGGAGGGCCCGGGCCCAGCAGGCCUUUAUGGCGUGGCGAGUGGCCCUGGGCCAGCGCUGUGAGGCCCGCCAGCAGGCAGAAGGGAGAGCUCGGGCCCAGACCCAGCUGGCCCUGUGCUGGACUCUGUGGGUGCACGAGUCCCGCCUCCACCGGCUCAGCCGAGCCCACGCUGCCCGGAAGCUGAGCGCCAGGGUCCUAGAGGCCUGGGCCCAAUCUGCCGCCCAGGGUCGUGUCCAGCGGGUUGCCAUCGCCCGGUUCGAGGUGGUUGGGCACAGGCAGCUCCUGUGGACCCACUGGGCCCAGUGGCGGACAGAGCUGCUCAGUGUGUGGCUGGAACCUCGGAUGGAGGCCCAGGAGACUAGCACCGCCCAUCCCAGGCCCAGGGCCGACCUCACGCACUGGCCCGGGCUGGCCGGCAGAGGGCGCCUCCUGGCGCUUAUGGACACUGCAGCCCCAUGGAAACAGACCCGCAGCUGCAGGCCACAGGGCACGGGGCCCAGGCUGCCCAGCCCAGCACAACAUCGCAGCCCCGGUGGGCAGAGGAAGCGGAGAGAAACGUCCUGGGCUCAGAGUAAGGAGACCUGCCCCUGUGCAAGGACGAUGUACGAAGAAUAUCUCAGCCAUUUUCAGAAAACAGUACAUCCACCCUGCCUGCCCCACCUGUUACUUCUCUUGGGCCUGGAGGCGCGGGUGGAUGUGGGGCACACGCUUCACUCAGCCCCUUUUGCCGCUCACCCGUUCGUGUGCGACAGUGCCGCCCAGCUCUGGAUGCAGAGGCCUGGACCCAGGGCCCAGGGCCGGCCCCCUCCAGGGCCCGGAGGGGACUGCAGCUCUGAAGGCCAGGUGGACAAGAGGCGGCUGGGACCGUCAGUCGGGAUGCCCACAGGGCCUCUCUCCCCAGGAGGAAAUACCUGCGACGCUGGCACCUGGAGGCCCUGCUCCGCCGGCUCCAGGGCUCCCAGCAGCCAGGCGCCUGGCAGGGACAUGGCAAUGCUGGGUGGAUGCUCAGGGGGCAGAGGAGCUGGCGCGGUCACUGGUGAGUGGGGAGGGGCCCUCGCACCAGCCUCUCAUGCUAUUCUCAACCCUAACCCCUACAAGGAAGUCUUCCCAAGUGUGGCCUUUGGACCUACUCAGUCUGAAACCUGGGACAGGCCCAGGAAUCUGCACUGUUCACACACCUCGUGGUGUGUGGCACCCUCGUCCUGGUGCCACAGAGGGGCUGGGGGCCGCGGCGAGCACAGGUGCCCGAGGCGGCAGCCGCCCAGUGUGGGGCCUCCGCACCCUGUCCCCACAGCUCAGGCAGUGGCGGCUGAGAUGGGUCUGGCGCACGUGGCGGCGGCGGGUCGUGCAGCUGCGGGUGGCUCGGCGAUUACAGCAACGAGCUGA